AGUGAAGGCGAGAGUAAAAGUUGGAUCGUUUUCUUCUCCUUUCUCGUCGCCACUCUCCUACUACUUACCCGUUUCUUCUCAGCUCGGAAGUUUGUUACCAGCGGCGGUUGAUCGAAACAGAAUCUCGCCGGUGAACGAGAAGAUGAAGAUAAUUGUCAAACCUCUGAAGGGAGGUCGCUUCGAGAUCCAAGUCAAUCCCGAGGAUUCGGUUGCUGAUGUGAAGAAGGCAAUAGAGAUCGUGCUGGGAGUUACUGCUGCAGAACAAGUGCUCAUUCACCAAGGGAAAGUGCUAAAAGAUGAAACAACAGUAGAGGCUAACAAGGUUUCCGAGAAAAGCAUUAUUGGCGUUAUGAAGAGAGAACUUGCAUCCACCGGAACGUCUACUGCAUCUGCUAGCCUUAAACCUCGGGAGAUCCCGGAGCAGAUUGAAGAUCCUUCAAUGACGGAGGUUCCAGCUCAAGAACCUGAAGCUCUUGAAGAAGCAUACCUAAGACAGACACUUGAUUCCUGGCGCCAGACUCCACAGUUUGCGUAUCUACGAGCUCUGGUGCAACCAGACCCUACUAUCCUAGAGGAGAGUCUAGAGGUGCUAGAGCAGGAACAAGAUUAUCACCAAUUCGUUCAGUUGAUACGAGACAACAAAGCAUACUUCUUACGCUUGUUAUUGGAGCAGCCUCAGGAACCAAACAACGGAGGAGAUAGUGGCAACCAAGUGGGAGAGUCUGAAGAAACCGAAGCGGAGCAGCCUCAAGCAGACCAAACCAACAAGCCAAACAACGGAGGAGGAGGAGAAGGUGGCAACCAAGUGGGAGAGUCUGAGGAAAGCGGAGAUGAAGCGACAAAGGAUGCAUAAGUAAAAACUCGUGUUGAAGCAGAGAUUGAAAGACUUGAGGAACAAAAUAAGUGAGAUUCAAGUGAUUUUUUUUAUUUUUUUUGGUGUCGCAUGCAAAAGUAAACUUGGAAUAUUUUCAUCUGAUCACAAUUACACGCGUAGGUGAUUGUCUUUUUGUUUAAAUAAAGAUGUCAACUAUCUACUU